AUGAACAUUUCCGGACUGCUCGACGACUCCGAGUUUACUGAACAAGCUACCUUAACCGCGGUUCGCGGGCUUGUAGCAAUAUUUUAUUUUCUGAUGUUACUUUAUUUGGUUAUAUAUCCAUUUUAUGUGUAUAACUUUAAAUUGAAUAGAAGGAAAGAUAAAAAUGCAUUGCUAUUCCCAACAGUUAAUCACUUUUAUCACAUGGUGAACAUCUCGUACUCCUUGUUUGUCCUCUUGAUUACUGUUAUAUGUUUAGCGGGUGUUGCCUAUUAUCAUCUCGGCUUUGUUAGAUCACUCCCGGAACAACUCACUUUUGUCAUUCUGGUCACUUUUAUAAUAUUCGCACAGUACCUUUGUGCAGAAGCAUUUCACCUUACAAUCUUCCUCCUCGCUGCUCAACGACUUCUAGUCUUCUUUUUCCCGCACACUGAAAAGCAAGUGGCCCGGUUUCAAAAAUUAAUGGCUAAACAUAUCUGGUAUUUAUAUCUAGUGUGUUUUAUCAAGGAGCUAGCACUCGCUAUUAUCUUUUGCACUACAAUCAGCACUGAAUUUCUUGGAAUUGAAGGGAACCCCUUUGGCUAUUAUACAAUGGGGUUUGUAGCAUUGUUUUAUGUAUUGUUAUUCCUGUCUACAGCGUUUUACAUUCCAAUUAUGAUCAGAACUCGAAAAUUUGCUUCUAUUCAAAACUGUGUAGUGAACAAUUACAUUCACUGGCAGACACUAACAGUUUUCAUUUGCAAAUCGAUAGCCAUCGUCCUUUUUGUUUACAACAACACAUACGGCACAUUUUCUACGGGAAAGUACACAUUUUGCAUAGCAUGCUCAGAUAUUGUUACAACACCUCUUAUUGUACAAAUUUCGUAUUUGGGAAGUAAUGGAUGUAUUGCACAACCGUCUGCGUCAUUCAAGUGGAAAAAGUUCUUUAGAGUGCUUUUCAAUUUUGAGGAGUCCCCAGUUGUUGAGCCACAGCGAGAAUAUUACUAA